CAGUGAGGUUGGCAGCACCUACGCGCGCCCAGGCGCCUGCGCGGGGGGCGGUGUGGCGGGGGGCGGCUGGCGCAGUGCGAGGCUCGCCAUGGCGGGCUGCGGGCGGCUGCUGCUGCUCGCGCUACUGGCGCUACUGGCCGCGCGCGCGGGGGCGGCGCUGUGGUCCGUGCGCACCGUCGCGCCCGUCGCGCCCGUCGCGCCCGUCGCGCCGCGGGCCGCGAGCCACGCGCUGGCGGCGGAGCCCGCCCCCGACCUGGACUACGGCCCCGACGAGCCCCAGGAGGCGGCCAGCCCGCCCCCCGCCGCCCCCGAGCCCACCCGCCGCCCCGUCAAGCGCUACGAGGUGGCGGCCGUGGAGUUCGCGCGCGUCGAGACGCCCUUCAUCAUCGGCCUGUGGAUCUUCUGCGCCAGCCUCGCCAAGAUCGGCUUCCACAUGACCCCGAAGCUGAACAAGGUGUUCCCCGAGUCGUGCCUGCUGAUCGUGGUGGGCGUGGUGAUCGGCGUGCUGCUGUUCCACACCAGCUCCGUGCACGUGUCGCCGCUCACCCCCGACACCUUCUUCCUGUACAUGCUGCCGCCCAUCAUCCUGGACGCAGGGUACUUCAUGCCCAACCGCCUGUUCUUCGACCACCUGGGCUCCAUCCUGCUGUUCGCCGUGCUGGGCACCAUCUUCAACACGCUCGCUAUAGGUGUGUCCUUGUGGGCCGCGGGCCAGAGCGGGCUGUUCGGCUGCGACACUCCGCUUCUGGACAUGUUCCUGUUCUCGGCGCUCAUCUCGGCCGUGGACCCGGUGGCUGUGCUCGCAGUCUUCGAGGAGAUCCACGUCAACGAGAUCCUCUACAUCAUCGUGUUCGGCGAGUCGCUGCUCAACGACGCCGUCACCGUGGUGCUGUACCACAUGUUCGAGGCGUACUCGGAGAUGGGGCCGGCCAACAUCCUGUACUCGGACCUGCUGAGCGGCCUCGCCUCCUUCUUCGUGGUGGCUCUGGGCGGGACCAUCAUCGGCGUCCUCUGGGGCUUCCUCACGGCCCUGGUCACCCGCUUCACGCUCGAAGUGCGCGUCAUCGAGCCCAUCUUCAUCUUCGUCAUGGCCUACCUCGCCUACCUCAACGCCGAGAUCUUCCACAUGUCCGGCAUUCUCGCGAUCACGUUCUGCGGCAUCACCAUGAAGAACUACGUGGAGGCCAACAUCUCGCACAAGUCGCACACCACCAUCAAGUACGCCAUGAAGAUGCUGAGCUCGUCGUCGGAGACCAUCAUCUUCAUGCUGCUGGGUGUGUCCACGGUGAACGACAGCCACGACUGGAACACGUGGUUCGUCUUCCUCACCAUCCUCUUCUGCUCCGUGUACCGCGCCGUGGGCGUGAUCCUGCUGACGGCCAUUGUGAAUCGCUUCCGCCUUUACAAGCUGAACAAGGUGGAGAAGUUCGUGAUGUCAUACGGAGGGCUGCGCGGUGCCGUCGCCUUCGCACUGGUGCUGCUUAUUAACCCAAGCCACGUGAAGCUGCAACCCAUGUUCGUCACCACCACCAUCGCCGUCAUCUACUUCACCGUGUUCUUCCAGGGCAUCACCAUCAAGCCCCUCGUCAGGAUCCUGAACGUGAAGCGCGCCGAGCGCAGGAAGCCGUCCAUGAACGAGCGCAUCCACGAGCGGAUCAUGGACCACGUGAUGGCAGGAGUGGAGGACAUCCUGGGUCACCAUGGCAACCAUCACCUGCGCGACAAGUUCAAGCGCUUCGACAACCGCUUCAUCCGCCCCCUGCUCAUCCGCAACCACCAGGGCGCAGAGCCCAAGAUCCUCGAGACGUACUCCAAGCUGGCGAUGCGCGACGCCAUGGAGUACAUGCGGCGCAACGCAUCCACCAUCGGCAACAUCUCGGGCACCGAGUCCAUGUCAGCCAUCUUCCGCAACUACACUGGUGGCGGUCACCUGGGGGCGCUCAACUGCAGCACCAGCUUCAGCCAUCUCGACUCCAGCACGUGGAACAUCGACAUGCAGGAGUUGGAGUACAAUCCGUCCAAGAAGGACCUGACAGACGCCAGGAUACACCACCUACUGGCCGAGGAACUCUGCCAGCCCUACCGCCGGCACCGGCGCCUCAGCUACAGCCGCCACGCGGUGCACGACAGAGACCUGUCCACGCAGGUCAACUACCGCAUGCACAUGAACAUGAGGCGGCUGGUGGGCGAGCGACGGCACCACCACAAGCGCAGCAAGCGCCUGGGCAAGGAAGGCAAGCAGAACCACGUCAGUUUCCCGGGCAUCACGCAGAACGGCACCGCCAAGCAGUUCUCCCACGACUACAUCGACGAGGUGCUGCAGGAGGCUGAGGAUGAUGCGGAGGGUCUGCCGCGGCCGCCCAGCAAGUCCACUAAAGACGACUGGGACAGCGGCAUCACCUUCACAGCCAAGACGUCACGCGAGCCCCCCAGUUCCCUGCUGGCCCCGCCACCUCGCCCGUGCCGGGUCGUCACGCAGUAUUCUAGAGCCGCCGGCAGCCUCGCCGAUCUGCCCACAGCAGCUGAAGUGUCCUUACCCUGGCGCCGGAACCCCGACGGCGGGGACCCCAGUGGCGCAGACCUUGCCAAAAAGCUGUCCAAAGACUCGGAAAAUGGUGACAGCAGUCGUGUGACGACGCCAACUGCGACAGAGACGAUGCUGCCCUGGAAGAGAGAUGACGAGAGCGAGACCACUUGUCCGGUGAAGCAGAGUGAGUUCCCUGCCUGGUGUUCCAACAAGGAGUACCUGGCCUACAGCUCGCCCUCAGCAACAUUCCUCGGAGGCAUCGAGACGCCCAAGGUGGCGUCUGUGAUCGGCCUGUUCAGAAGAGAGAGCUGUGGCUCGGGCCACGACUCUCACGGCAGCUCGUCCGAGACUUCCCUGCACCAGAGCUGCGUGGAGUCCCCCCGAGCCCCGACCUCCGUGCUGCUCAUCGAGGACAGCUCGCAGGACGCGCCCACCUCGCUGGCGGUACCCGGCAUAGCCCGAAGGCAGAUGGUGGGGCGCAGGGGCUCCAUGCUGGAGCUGGGCGCCUCAGUCAACCCCAUCCCGGAGGAAGAGCUGUUCCCCGACCGGACUUCGCCCCCAGAGCGCCGCAAGAGCUCCUGCCCGCGCCUCGCAGCACUCGUCUCGUCCUCCUCGGAGUCCGCCGAAACCUCGGACGACGAUGCGGCCGAGACCCGCGCCAUCCACCGAACCUGGCGCAAAUAGCCCCGUGCCAAGUCACACCUGCGCCCGCGUGGUGCCCCCUGCCGCAUCUCGUGAGCGCUGACACGUGGCACAUCACAGUAAUCAGAGCGCUUACUGUACUAUCUUGCUAGGGAGACUGCAGCGCUGUGCCAUGUCUUACCCUGACACAUCUCGUGAGCCCCCACAUCACUGUAGUCAGUACGCUGACCACGCUACACUCAAGUGCCGUGCCAUGUCUCACCCUCCACUAGCCAAUGGUGGUACUUUGACACAGUCCAUCGCUAUUUACAACUUACAAUUUAAAACUGAAAAAACUUGUUUGAACAUCGUUUUCUGUCAAAUUAUUAUUUAAAAUGCUUCUGUUGCCGUCAGUAAGAUUAGCAACUCCAUCGAUAGACACUCAUUGUAAUGUUAUUUUGUUCAAAAAAAAUGUGUGUUAAUAUGCCAAAUAAGCCCGACAUAAAAGUACAUGAUAAAGUUCAAUUUUUUUUUUUUUUCGGAAUUUGGAUGUUAACAUAUUAUUAUUAUUUUAGAACUUUUAUUUUAGUAAAAACAUUUUUAAUUAUUAAAUCCAAUGUAAUUCAUUGAUUAAAUUCUUCAAUUAAAUAUGAUUUUACUUAAUCAAUAUUUUCUUCGCCACUUGACAAGUCUAUGAUGCUACUCAUUUACAAUUUAUUCUCUAAUUUUGAAUUCUAAUACUUGCUUUCUUAAAACUUGUUUAAGUUUUUCAGAGCCAGAGCACUAUCAUUAUCUUCAAAAUACAUUUCUGCUUAUAAAUUCAGGCACUUUUGACUGCUUGAGCUAGAUUGCCAUAUUUUUUAGAAUAAUAUAUUAUGUGCUGAUCACUGUAAUACUUAUGUUUAUCUCCCUGGACAGACAUUAGAUUGGUCAGAUAACUAUGCGAAGCCAUAUAAUCAGUGUUGUGUUGCUGUGUUGUACCCGGAGCACCAACUAGCGGAUUACCGAGCUCGAGUACACAUGAGAACUCGGGGUGUGGGUGACUGGCCACCUGGCAGGAGGCAGUGGAUGUAAUUCUCAACAGGGAUUCCCAAGGUGUUGGUCCAUUGGUAUGUUGUUAGAUUAGAAAUGAAAGACGGAAGUUCUGGACUCUUUUCUGGUACUAGUAACACAGCUCUCUACACAGUGAUAUCUCUGCGCCUAGCCUGUCUCCUUUGAGAUCCGGGACUCCUCCUGAUGCACUGUCAUAGGUUGUUCGUAUGACGAUUCGAAACUGACUUACACUUAUGGCUGGACACAUUGCGCUUAAGCACUGGUCCAGUUACUUAGCCACUGGUGCGUUUGGCACAAAUUACACGUACAAAGUUACAUACACUUACAGAUUUUUCCUAAGAGCCUAUUCGCGGGCAGUUCGGCAUGUAGUCGCAUAGACUGGGAUGUAGUUGCUAGCAUGUAGCGCGGACUAAGGGUUCCAAGUAUCUGUGUCAGGCACUAAAAAUAACAGUUACAUAAAUUUUACACGAACAAAGUUGGGCAUACAAUUACACUAGAUAGAACACUGUCCCAGAGGGCCCAUGUAGUUGGUCCACAUCGUGGGCGCACACAGCUUGCCACAAAGUCCCAUAUUAAGCGUCUACACUACACCUCGUUGUCAGACACGCAAAAUACAAAAAGAAAUACGUAGUAUGCAAUACGCAGUGUUGAUGUUUUAACCCGCAGGUUUAAUUUUUGGGCCAUGGGGCAUUUAUUGAGGCUAAUAGGUGAUGGCUAGUGGUUGAAGGCAGCGAUGGUCUCCACGGCCGCGAGCACAUCCAGUCCCGAUGCUGGCUGAGAGACCACUCCGAUGGCUCGGCGAGAAGCCCCGAUGUGACGUAUUCCUGGACCCGUUAGCACUCCCAUCCCUCGGUGACACGCCCUGAAGGAGGGACAAUGAGGCCUAACGGCCUGUGUGAGCAGGUGGAGCACCGACGGUUGUCUUAAAUCUAUUAAUAUUGAUGUAGCACCUUGAAAAUUUAAAGAAUCUCCCCUGCAUGAAAACUGUAUAUCAUUUUUAUGAAUUUUGUAGAAAACAGAUAUUACAUAAACUUUAACAUUUAGAAUAUAAAAACAAAUCGAAAUAUUUAUGUGGGGCCUCAUGUUGUUAAAAAAAUCAUUUAAUAUUGUCAUGAAAUAUUAGCCACUUGUAAGCACAGAUAAUUUUAAUUCUUAUAAUUUGCAAAAACCAAGUGAAAUGAAUAUAACUGGUGUAACAAUCAUUCAAAUCUCAUUCCUAUAAAGUUGUUAGCAUAGUUUAACACAGAUAAAUUUGAUAAAAUAACCAUUGUCGUCUGUGGUUCCAAGUCGAUGGCGCGACACACAUCUCUAGCAGUUAACUCGCAACUUGUUGGAUGAGGUGUUGGCAAUAGUUAGGGACGGGCACAACCUCAGAGCUAAAGGCUGGCACGCGAGGCAGGCGGCAGAUAGUACAGUGGCACUGCUGUGAGAAUGUGCUGCGAGCGGAGCGCAGGUUGGCUUGGUCUCUCUCUUACCUGCUCACUGCCAGGAGUCCGACUCCUGAAUGGCUCACGUUAACUGCUGUGAGUGCUGAGUUGCAGAAUGUGCCUCUUCCCGUGUACAUAACUAAUCCAGGGUUUAUUUAUAUGUAAACAACUGGACAUAUUAAAGAAAUAAUGAUGUUUUGGUCGUAAGUAAAGAGAAGAAACUAUGGUAAGAACCGGUCUGUGAUGUUGUCAAAGGCUGAGCUACCUAAACAAAACAAUGCACUGUGUAUUGGGCAUAGUGAGGGUGAUGAAAAAAGCGAUGAAGCUAAUUGCUUAAUGAACUUGCUUUUACAUGCUUUAGUGUAGAAGCUAAUAUAGUCCUUAGGCGAGAAUCUGAAGGAAACAUUAUUGUGAGGGUCAGAUGUAAGAUAUUCUUGUUAUUUUAAUAGUGUUUGGCCUUGUGUAUUCCAGUGAAAUUCAAUGUUAGUGAGUUGUUAUAGUCAUGUUCUUAGAAAUGACAACUGCAACACUAAGUGGACGAAAAUGGAAUAGUAAUGCACCAUCGUGUAUAUGUGAACAGUAGUAUUAUUAUGUGAUAAGUAAGAAACUAGACAGGCAGCACUAUAGUAUCACUUUUAAUGCAAUAUGUUAAGUCAAGUAUAAUUUUUUUGUCGAAACUAUAUACUAAUACUCUUAUUAUUAGGCUUUCGCCAAGUGGAAAGGAUUCCCCUCCCAAUUCCUGAAGACUUCUCCUUAAGGCCUUCCCUCCGCUUAAACCUACUAUCUUCCCCCAAGCCCAUUCCUCUCUCACCCAGUCCUCACCAGGAAUAAUUGCUUCCCUCUUUCUGUUCGUCUCCAUUCCCUCUGGAUCUCCCCCUCAUGAUUCCUCCUACCUCUAUCCCCCUUCUGUUCAACCUAUAUCCCAGCUUUCUUCAGCCCCCUUUCCCUUAAUCACCUCAAACAGUUUCACAAGUCUUACUACCUUGGCAGUGUGUCCCAUCCUAGCUCCAUCAGCACCGAUGGUCUGUGCAUCUCUCCCACUGCCGUCCCUUCACCACAUCCUCAUCACCUAUUAUAUGAUUUUAAAUUGGGAUAGCAUGAUACGAAGGUAUAGUCCAAUUGAUUAAGUCUAAGUAUAUUUAUUUAUUUUUCACACAUUAAUAUUGAAACAAUUUUCAGUUAAUGUCUGUCACAAAAAAAAAUUGAAACCUAUCUACUAUUUACACAUUUUUCUUGUCGGUCCGUGUCCGUGCACCAGUGUCCCCGAGCACAUGUCCGCCACUGCCGAUUCACAGCGUGUCCUGAACUCCACCACGCCUACAUCCAUGAGGCCUCCCUUAAUCGCUGAACCAUCACUUAUCAUUGAGAUCGAUGGCAUCGCUCCAAUUCAUUCUAUUGUAUUGCCAAUCCGAAAGAAUCACUGGUAUCACUAAUCAACAGACAACUGCCAUUGGUUAUCUGGUGCUAGUACACCUGCGUGGGUGCCUGCAUAAAUAUCUCAUAGACCUCUGUUCGUGUUAUUCAAUGAGGACCCAACAUCCAGAAGGCAAACGACCUCCGGAGUCUCCAAACUUGCCGAGUCAGGAGGGUUGUGACCACAGGGUCGCCGGCCCUGGGUCCAUAUUCCAGUGGUACCAUCUUGACAGGGUACAUAGGAGGGGAGAGAUGAGCUGCUGUAUUUCAGGCCAGUCACGUGGCCUCUGCAGGUAACUUCAGUGUCACACAUGCGAUAACAGGGCUGGUCGCCUCUGGAUAUUUCCUACAUUGGCAUAUGCUAGGUUGCAUUACUCACCUCAAAUGUCUUAGUCCAGGUGGUGGUUGUUCCUCGGAUUGUUGACCACACCACAGCGCUCCAGGCAGGCAUUGGGCUCGCACCAUUCUAUACUAUUCAUUCCCCUGCAGUAGUUGUGUGGGUCACUCGUCCCACGAUGUUGCCAGCGAGUUCGCUUUCAGUUCACUCUUUCCCUGGUGAUGUGCUUAAGGAUACGGCAGCGACCUCGUCAAUGCCACUCGUCACUCAUCCUGUCGGGCACCAGCGAGUGGUAGUAGCACUGCGAUGCACUCGCCAGCGAGUUGCAUCUGCCUCUGGUCCACUCGUUCCCGCAGCUGUGCCUCAACGACAUCAGCGAGCUCCUGGUCACAUGCUCGGCUGAUGUAGUUACGUCUCAGCAUGAUGUAUUGAUGGAGUGACGUAGCCUGUAGUUCGGUGUUGGUGGGUCGCUGUGCGCAAGCAGCACGAUGUGACUCGAUGGUGGUGGUUGAGUGUCAGGACAGUCCGCGCGGGCCUUGAUUGUACCCAGCCCGUGGGCUGUUUCAUAGUUGGUGGAUUGUAGAAAAAAGUUAUUUAACCGUCUGGGUGUUGAACUGACCCGCAGACCCAGACACAGGGUUGACCGUGUCAUCAAACUUGGGUCCAUUGACCCCCACUCAGGUUUAAAACAGAAGUUCAGAGGAAAACGGCAACGGGAGCACACCCCGUUACACUUUGUCAGUAGGCAGGUUUUAUGGUUUGAUUGUUAACUAGAAAAUUGUGGUCAGGUUUUCGGUAGCCCUCAUUCACAGGCUUGAUGUAACCACUGCAUUUAUCAGGUUAUGGCUGCUUGGGGAUCCUAGUGACAAAGGAGAUAUGGUUAAAACUGUUGAAUUGAUAAUAACUUUCAUAUUCAAAAUAUAAGCGAAUCCCCAAGGUGAACUCAAGCAUCAAAUGAAAAAUGAGAGCCAAAUGUCACUUCCUCAGUCAGUUGGCAUGAGCCCGGAUUGUAACUUCAGGAUAUCACUGGACUUUGACCUUGGUCAUUGAUAAUUCUAACGGUUUAAAAUUGGCGAAAACUAUUCGUAAAAUGUAUUUUACAUUUAAGUGACAAGUGUUACAUAAAUCUGUAUGCUAUGUAGAUCAAAUCUUAGAAUAUUAACCUACUUAACGUUUUUUAACUAAUUAAGUUUUUCAUUUAGACAAAAUCAUUGGAUUAUUUUUAUCAGAAUGUAUUUAUGAACAUAUAUUUGAACUUUUCCCAUUCAAGUUUUCUUUAGAUGUCAAGUUGUCAGAGAACUAACUUUCGAUGUGGCAUUAUGGCCUCAUAUCCCACUGUAGACACGAGUGUUUACUUAACUGGUCUAAUUGUGAGCUAUUACCACUAAGUCUCUCGAUACAAUGCUGGGACUCAAUGAUGCUAAAAAGUAUGUGUGAGUGUAUCUCAAGAUAAUUUGGUGAGGGCAUUUUCAGACAUAGUUUUUCAUAAAUAAUGAGAACACUGUGCACGCUACACGGUGGUGCAGACCGCAUUCCUGGUGCUGAGUCGCACUUGCAAGUCGCCCUCCUAGGGUGUAUACGGGUGUACUGUGUACUUCAUGCUGUUAACUGAGAUCAUUUUAUGUGUUAGCUCUAUUGUAAGACUUUCUUCUUUCUAUCUGGCUAUCAUAUUAAUUUGUACAAUCACAAAAGAAAAUAAAUUGGCUUUAUAGCAAUAUAAGUAAUUUGUAUUUGUUUUUAGCUCACAUAUGUAGUUUUAGUAAACAGUAGGUAAAUAUGACUGUUCAUUGAUAAAUAGUUAUAAAAAAACUUUUAUCUAACUGUUGUCUUGAAUAAUUUACAAAAAUCUUUGCAGGAUAAUAACUGCAAAAAGAAUAUCCUGUAAGUAAUGACAAAUGUUGUAGAUUUAUGAAUAAAAUUACAUUAUUUUACUCAAUUAUUAACUUAUAUACAACUGCUGUAAAUGUAAAUUUGUUUUGUGACCACAUGAAAUGUGCAGCAUAUUUUUUUUAGAAUUCAUUACUCUGUAACUUUCAAUUUUUGAAAAUAAAUGCUGAUAACUAGUUUAGUGAACGCACUGUUGACAUUCAGUUGUAAAUAUUUACAGUGUUAAAAUAAGAGUAUGAAUUUUUAUAUUUCUAUUUAAAACUGACUAUAGUAAAUGUCUUAUUUUGAAUGAAACAGAAAAAAGUAGUGGUGGAGUAAAACAAUAAUAAUGUGGGUAGUGAUGUUCAAACUAUUUAAAAUAAAAAUAGUGUGGGUAGCGAUGUUCAAACUAUUUAUUUUCUGUGACAGAGAUACAGAGCAAUUAAUUUUUGAAAGAAAAAUUUAAGAAACAAUAUACGCAUAGUGUUAACGUCUGAAACAAAUCUCUUAUUUCCACAUGAAACGCCCACUACUAACAUAACUUCAAUUUUGACACAAUGUUUUGAAAUUAGCAUUAAUAAUUGUCACAUUCAUAUUGUUGGUAAAAACUUUAUAUCCAUUUACUGCCUACUUGUAUCUAGGAGGUGGCUACUCUAAUUUCAACAACUCACGUGAUUAUCGUUUUACCAAACUUAAUUUUGCCGCUCCUUCUAAGUAAAUCUAAAUUUAUAUUUAUGUAGCGAUAUCUUUCGUUGUUACAUAAUGACGAGAAAAUGUAGGCAUGUAUUGAAAUGUUAUAAUAUGACAUAAAAUGCAUGAAGAAAUAAA